UAUACCGUGCCCAUAGUAAAGAUGGCGGCACAAUGUGAUACGGUCGCGACCCUAUGAGGACAGAUGCGCGGGAUUUCCGGGAAUUGCACGUGUGGCCUUUGCGUAGCUUUGGUUGUACCACUUCUUAAACAUGGACGCGUUUGAUCUGUUUCGGAAACUGGGAUCUGGGGCCAAAUUUGAUUUAAAGCGAUUUAGUGGAGACGCUGAGAAGUUCAAGGUAAAAAAAGGCAAUGAGAGUAUUUUAAAUUCAUCUACUGCCUUGAAAAGUCUUGAUUUUUUUGGUAAUGAAGAAAAAAUACUUUCAAAAACAAUUGAUUUGAGCAAAGACUUAAAUAAGAGUGAAAAUGGAGAUUCUGGUGUCACAAAUAAAGCAAGCAAAAGAAAGAAAGAUUUGAAGAAAGGUGGAAAGAAAUGCAAAAUACAAGAGCAAGAUGCAGGAGGCUGUUCUGCUGCAGAUGAUUCCAUCCACUGGAUGUCCUCUCUUGAGGCAAAACUCAAAGAUGGUAAAGAAAAGAGCAAAAGGAAACUCACAGUGGAUAAAAUGAAGCAGCUAAGACUAGAAAAGAUAAACCACUUUCGGAAUGAGCACAAAAUUUAUGUCCAAGGUACAGAUAUUCCAGAACCGGUUGCCACAUUCCAACAACUUGAGCAAGAGUAUAAGACCCACUCCAAAAUAAUACAGAAUGUGAAAGACUUUGGCUUCCAUACACCCACGCCUAUCCAGAUGCAAGCGAUACCCAUCAUGCUACAUGGCCGUGAAAUUUUGGCAUCUGCUCCUACAGGCUCUGGAAAGACAAUGGCAUUCUCUAUUCCAAUUUUAGCACACCUUCAGUGUCCAAAGAAUAAAGGUUGUAGAGCAUUGAUCAUAUCCCCCACAAGAGAACUGGCUAACCAGACUCACCGAGAACUGGUCAAGCUUUCAGAUGGAAUUGGCUUUCGGAUACACGUAAUUAACAAAGCGGCUGUGGCUGCAAAAAAGUUUGGGCCAAAAUCUUCAAAGAAAAUUGAUAUCCUGGUGACCACACCUAAUAGGUUAAUUUAUUUGCUCAAACAAGAUCCUCCUGGCAUUGAUCUCUCCAGUGUUGAAUGGUUGAUUGUGGAUGAAUCGGACAAAUUAUUUGAAGAUGGGAAGACAGGAUUCCGAGAUCAGCUGGCCUCUAUAUUUGUGGCAUGCACAUCCCAUCUCCUUAAAAGAGCCAUGUUUAGUGCAACCUUUGCUUUUGAUGUGGAACAGUGGUGCAAACUACACCUUGACAAUGUGGUUUCUGUUUCUAUUGGUGCAAGGAACUCUGCUGUAGAGACUGUUGAACAGUCACUGUUAUUUGUUGGAUCAGAAACAGGCAAGCUUUUGGCUAUGAGGGACCUCGUUAAAAAGGGUUUCACUCCGCCAGUGCUGGUGUUUGUACAGUCUAUUGAACGGGCAAAGGAGCUGUUUCAUGAGCUAAUUUAUGAAGGAAUCAAUGUGGAUGUUAUACAUGCAGAAAGAACACAGCAGCAGAGAGACAACGUCAUACAGAGUUUUAGAGAAGGGAAAAUUUGGGUUCUGAUUUGCACAGCUCUGCUAGCAAGAGGAAUUGAUUUUAAAGGCGUUAAUAUGGUUAUCAACUAUGAUUUUCCUACUAGUGCUGUGGAAUACAUACAUCGAAUAGGGCGAACUGGUCGAGCAGGGCACAGGGGUAAAGCAGUCAGUUUCUUUACUGAGGAUGAUAAGCCUAUGCUACGCAGUGUAGCCAGUGUAAUUCAGAAAGCAGGAUGCCCAAUUCCAGACUAUAUUAAAAGUUUUCGCAAAUUACAAAGCAAACAGAAGAAGCGGAUGAUAAAGCGCCCUCUAAAGAGAGACCAAAUCCGCACCACUCCAAAAUACAUUCUAGAAAAAGCAAAAAGAAAAAGGGACGUCAUUAAAAAAAAUCUGAAAAAAAAGGAAAAGGUUAGUGCUCAAGGAGAAGGCAAACAGACAGAAGCAUGUGAUACAUGAAAACAUCAGAGUUAAUGAAUAAAAAUACAGUUAUCCACAACUAUAGAGCAGAUUAAGACCUCACCAAGAUCUGAGACUGUCUGGGCAAAUUACAUAUAUAAACUCAAAACCAUUUGGACAACCAACCAAUUUCAUGUGAUGACAAUUGGACUAAAUUGCACGGGACCUCCAUGGAAUUACGGGCCCCGAGACAACCUCAAGCAUGGUUCCUGUGUAGAUUUGCCAUUAAAAGCCAUGGAAAUGCAAACAGAAAAGGCCAGAUUCCAGUUGUUAAAAAAAAAACUAACAAAAAUGUCUGUUUUAUAGAUUUUAAUAGAGCUUCUUGCCCACCUUGCUAACAGCCAAGCCCUUUAAGUAGCUUCUGUCUUACAGACAAAUAGAUUUUCAUGGUUAAUGUUGGGGAUUUCUCACUGCUAAUUGCUCUGCAAAAAUGUAUGUGUCAUCACAUUCGAACUGAUCCGUAAUAUUACAUGAAAUGCAUUAUUUAUAUCUGUCUAUUUUUGUACAUUUCCUAAAAAUAAAAGGCAUUUCUGACCGUUUGUGUCACUCUAUUAAA